GCUUUCUGCUCCUCACCUCGCAGACACACGUUGUAGUCCGUAAAUCUUAGGCUCCUGGGGAAUAGCCAAGUUUACCUUUGCAUUAGAAGCCAUUUUUCCUGUCUUAAGUUUUCCCAGUGGGAAUGCAAAUGAUGCACAUUCAAACCGUUUUGUGAAUGAAGGAGUGCUAAGUCAUUUUGCAUCACUAUGAUUUAGGAAUUUGGAUAUUCUAGAUUUAAAUUAUUAUUAUUAUUAUUAUCUUUUCCAUAUGUAGCUCUGGCUGUCCUGGAACUCACUAGGUAGAAUAGUCUGGCUUUAAACUCAGAGAUCCACCUGCCACUAUGCCCAGCUUUAAAAAAAAUAAUGAUAAGUGUUAUUAUGCUGUGCUGUGUUACCCAUUAAGUGGCACUGUUUACCAUUCGAGAAAAGCCAGGAGGCACAACAAAACCCACUGUAAGAGUUUAUUAGGGAAAGGAGACAGGAGGCGGGUGCUUAGGCCUACGGGAAAUGAUGGUGCAGGGAGAGAGAGGAGGAAGGUCUGGGACCCUCUUUUUAUGGAUUUCACCGCAACGUGUGCAUAUGGGCGUACAUAGCUACAUCAGGCAUGCUCAUAGAUUACAUGACCACGCAGCACACGGAUUACGUAGGACAUAAGGCCCUGGGAUGACAAAGCCUCUUGUUUGGCUACUAGACCAUGUGCAGUCAUGUAGCUGAGGGAGUGGCCAGGAAUUCUAUCAAUAAGUUCGGAUGCUAAUUUCUAGACUUGGUUAGGAUAAUGCAGUCUUGAAAAGUGACUACUCCUAUUCUGUACAUAAAACUUUAAUAAUAGUUAGCAAGAUAGUAAAGCCACACACAGUAUUAAACUACCAAAUUUAUCCAGUGCACUCCACAUAUCAUAUACCACGGCAGCCACUGGUGAGCUUAAAAGAAACUUAGGAAAAAGUAAAUGUUGAUUUGGGGCAGUUAAUCAUUUAGUUACGUUUCAGGGUUUUUUUGUUUUGUUUUUUUGUUGUUGUUGUUGUUGUUUUUUUUUUUUUAGAGACAAUUCUAAUUAUCAUUUGAAGGAGGAACCCCCUUUAAAAGCAAUUAAAGGGCCCCAACUAAGGGAUCCAAAGGUAUUGAAAGAGGAAUACUAACAGUAACAUCUCUUUGCUCCUUUAAUGUUUGCUCAAAUUUGGGGUAAGGUGGCACUUAACAACUAUCUGUCAAAUGCCUGUGCUCAAGGGUCAGGCAGUGGUCUAGAUCCUUGGGCUAGCUAGAAUUGUCAUCUGGAAAAUUGUUCAACAAAAAAUGAUGGCCUGUACAGAAUAAACGUUCUAUGCUCAUUCUGCCAAGUUCCAGAGAAUAAAAAGAAAGUGGAGCAGAUUGAAAAUUAAGGAAACAUUAAUCUGACAAGUAAUGACAUUGACCUGUUUGUGGGAGACAUCAUUGCUGGGCACUGUAGAACGAAAAUGCUAAGAACAGUUACCAGAGAUAAUUAUUCGUAGUGAUGGCUUACAGAGUCGUAAACAAAAGAAGGCAUGUGGGACUACAACAGCUUUCAUCAUUUGCACAAACAGGAAGAAGUUUCCUAGGCCCAGUAAAAGCCUCCAAGUUUAUUACAGAUGCAGAGUGUCAUGAAAGUAUGUUAAUCAGCUCAACAGUCAGGCUUCUCGAAGGUCUGGAUUUAACCUGUGCAGUUGGGCAGCUUCUCAACGAAGCAGUUCAAGCACAGAAUGGCACAUACAGAAUUGGAACCAGCACUCUUUUGUUUCUUGUUGGUGCAUGGAGCAGUGCUGUUGAAGAAUGUCUCCAUCUGGGUGUUCCCACUCCAGCAAUAGUUUCAGUAAUGUCCGAAGGCUUGAACUCUUGCAUUGAAGCAGUAGUUUCCCUUCAAGUACCCAUAUACAAUGUAUUUGACCACAUGGACAACACAAGUACAGUUUACAAACUUGAAACAGUUGAUGUCAGCUUGUGUCCUUUUCUCCAAGUCCCUUCAGAUCCUGGGUCCUUACAGGAAAAGCAUGAUUUCAAAGAUGCUGCAUCUCAGUUAUUGUCUGUUUACAGUCUUUCUGGGAGACAUGUACAAUCACCCAAACUCUUCAAAACUCAGGCUAAGGUUGAAACGGAAAAAAACACACCACGAGCUCUGCAACACAGCCGGUAUACAGACUCUUUCUGCAGGAAGUCAGCAUUAACUCACAGUAGGCAUUUUAGUAGGACAGAGCAUAGCCCCUGGAUAAGCAGACCUGAUGGAUUUCUAGAACAGUGCGGAUCGACUCCCAAAACUUGGAGAUGCAGUGAUCUGGUGGAGUUAGCAGUUGGCUUGAGCCACGGAGACGGCAGCAGCAUGGCCUUGGCAGAGGCAGCUGUGAGGCUGCAGUGGCAGAGUGUGCGUCUGCAGCAAGUCAACUCCGUGGCACCGUUUGUGUUCGACCUCUCAAGACUCCUCACUUGCUGUCUCCCCGGCUUACCUGAAACUUCUUCUUGUGUUUGUUCAGGAUAUGUCACUGCUGUACCCACGUCUAGUAGUGCUCUGAUAAAGGAAUUGCAGGAUCAGCCUUUCCGAGUGAUUCUCAUCGAGGGUGACCUCACACAGAGUUACCGCCACCUGGGAUUCAAUAAGUCUGGAAAUAGGAAGACCGAGUUAGAUAGUGGGAAGCUUCCAGGAGACAGUGCAGAAGAACUGUGGACAAAGAGUGUGAUGCAGGUGUUAGUCCAGUUCGAUGUGAACCUCGUCCUGGCACAAGGAAAUGUAUCUGAACAUCUGACUGAAAAAUGCGCGCACAGCAAGCGACUGGUAAUGGGGUCAGUGAGUGGCAAUGUGUUGCGAGCGUUUGCAGAGGCCACGAGAGCAGUGCCUGUAGCCUACGUUACCCAAGUGAAUGAAGACUGUGUGGGCAGUGGGGUCUCUGUGACCUUCUGGACGAGUCCUCAUGAUACAGACAGGAACGACAGAAUGGCAAUCUUGUUAAAAACAGAAGGAAUUAAUUUGGUUACAGCAGUACUCACUUGCCCAGUAAGUGCUCAGAUGGAAACCAAGGAAGACAGGUUCUGGUCCUGUGUACAUCGUUUAUAUCAUGCCCUAAAAGAGGAGAAGGUCUUCCUUGGAGGUGGUGCUGUUGAAUUUUUAUGUCUUAGCCAUCUUCAAAUUCUUGCCGAGCAAUCUAUAAAUAAAGAAAGUCAUGCUUGUUCAGGAUGGCUUCCUGAUUCUUCCUCUUGGAUGGCCUCAUCUCUGUCAGUCUACAGACCUACUGUGUUGAAGUGCUUGGCAAGUGGGUGGCAUGAAUACCUGUCUGCUGUCAUGUCUAACACUGCCACUCACCCAUCAGCAGUGGAAGCCAGCACGUUCAUUCAACAUCAUGUACAAAAUGCCACCAACUCUGGCUCUCCUUCAUCUUACAUCUUGAGUAAAUAUAGUCAACUAAGUGGUGGAGUUUUUCAUUCAGGUGUUUCAGAUAACCUGGCGCUAGUUCCCAGAGUUUAUGAUACUGUUACACCAAAGACUGAAGCGUGGCGCCGAGCAUUGGAUUUAGUACUCUUAGUGCUUCAGACUGACAGUGAAAUCAUAACUGGACUUGUACACACACAGAUAAAUUCACAGGAAUUAGAUGGAGUUUUAUUUUUGUAGGGUUAGCCAAAUCUUUGGAAAAUAAGCUGUAUCAUAUUAAUAAAUUUUAAGAUUUUG